CGCAGUAGAUCGAACUAGUGGUCUUUCAGCUUCAAUUUUGUGAAGAGCACGAUGUGCCGUCUUCGCAUUCUCCUCUCCCUCUCCUUCUUCUGCCUGUUGCUUUCGGCGGCGGUGGCGGUGGCGGCAGCGACGACGGCCUCGGGCGGAGAUGCCUCCGGGAUGGCCGCCUCCGACAGGCGGCGCCGCCGAGCUCUGGGCAAUGGCCUCGGAAGAACUCCUCCCAUGGGGUGGAAUAGUUGGAAUCAUUUCCAGUGCAACAUCAACGAGAAUCUCAUAAGAGAAACCGCUGAUGCAUUGGUGAGCACAGGCCUGGCGGGAUUGGGAUACAAUUACGUCAACAUAGAUGAUUGCUGGGGAGAGCCAAACAGAGACUAUCAGGGAAAUUUAGUUUCUAAGAGAUCAACAUUUCCAUCCGGUAUAAAGAAUCUUGCAGACUACGUCCAUGCAAGAGGGUUAAAACUGGGGAUCUACAGUGAUGCAGGGGCGCAAACAUGCAGCAGAACUAUGCCGGGAUCACUGGGAUAUGAAGAUCAUGAUGCAAAAACGUUCGCCAAUUGGGGGGUUGAUUACUUAAAGUAUGACAACUGUAAUAGCCCUGGCACAAGUCCAAGAGGAAGAUAUGCAAAGAUGAGCAAUGCUCUGCAAAACUCUGGCAGGAAUAUUUUCUUCUCCCUUUGCGAAUGGGGUGUGGAGGACCCUGCAACUUGGGCAAGCAGCAUAGGGAACAGUUGGAGGACGACGGGGGAUAUUUUUGAUAGCUGGGGAAGCAUGUCAUCCCGUGCUGAUGAGAACGACAGGUGGGCAUCCUACUCCAGGCCCGGCGGAUGGAAUGAUCCCGACAUGCUAGAAGUCGGCAACGGUGGAAUGACAACCGAAGAGUAUCGAUCUCAUUUUAGCAUAUGGGCCUUAGUCAAGGCGCCUUUGUUGAUCGGGUGUGACGUGAGAUACAUCAGCAGCGCUGCAUUAGAGAUUCUGAGCAACGAAGAGGUCAUCGCAGUUAAUCAAGAUUCGCAGGGAGUCCAAGGGAAGAAGGUGGUGGGAGGAUCGUCACAGGUUUGGGCAGGCCCAUUAAGCGGCGGAAGGGUGGCGGUGGUCCUCUGGAACCGAGGCGACUCGCCGGCGACGAUCACCGUGAGCUGGUCGGACGUCGGGCUUAUGCCCUUUACCGUCGCCACCGCUCGUGAUCUGUGGGCGCACUCGACCUUCGGGCCGUUUAGAGGGCAGAUGAGCAGCGACGUAGCAGGCCAUGCCUGCAAGAUGUAUGUUCUCACCCCGCAAUAGAAGACGGCAAUCUAAUGCAUUAAAAGGAGAAGAUAGAGAUCAUUAAGCCAAAGCUCAAUUUGCUCACAGAUUUUUAUCAAGAUAUAUAACGUAGUAUUUAUGUAUGAAGUUAUUGCAGUCCAUUGAUUAGGUAGUAGGUGAAUGUUCCUACUAUUUAAUUUCAAGAUAUAUAACUUCAUUUGAUGGAGGAGAAAUAAAACUGGGGGUGUUUGUUCGACAGAGAUUUGUUUACUGAAAAGUAUCUGUUUAUGAUCUUUCUUGUAAUGUAAGUUUCUGUGAAACUGAUAGCCACAAUGGGGAGUCAGUUUCAGAGUUGGAGCUGAGGAGACUCUUAUUAUUUCAAAUAUAUAUAAUUAAUUAUAAUUUCUUCCUGAUGGAAACUUAAUACCAA